UCGGAGUCGCCGUCGUAGCGGUGCGAACUAAUGGCGUCGGUGAAGAGAGAGAUUACAGAGGAAUCUGACGACCAACACCAUCUUCCCAACAAGCGAUCUAAGCAUCAUAAUUUUGGAGUUGAUGCCUUUCCUGUACCUCAAAUGCAAAUCAAUCUAUUAGAUGAACCAAGUCCAUUAGGGUUACGCUUGAGGAAGAGCCCAUCACUCUUGGAUUUGAUUCAGAUGAGGCUCUCAGAAGGAAAUUCCUUUUCCAGUUCUACAAAAGAACACAAAAACACUGCUGCUUCUGCUGCUACAGACAAGCUAAAAGCUUCAAACUUCCCUGCAUCAUUCCUCAAGAUAGGUACCUGGGAGUAUACAUCCAAACACGAAGGAGACCUAGUGGCAAAAUGUUACUUUGCAAAACAUAAACUAGUAUGGGAAGUUCUUGAUGGUGGACUCAAGAACAAGAUUGAAAUUCAAUGGUCUGACAUCAUGUCUCUAAAAGCAACAUAUCCAGACGAUGGCCCUGGAACUCUAGACAUAGUGCUAGCUAGGCAACCUCUCUUCUACAGAGAGACAAAUCCACAGCCUAGAAAGCACACGUUAUGGCAGGCCACAUCAGACUUUACAGGUGGACAGGCUAGUUUAUACAGGCGCCAUUGUCUACAGUGUCCACAAGGGUUAUUAGGCAAACACUAUGAGAAGCUUAUUCAGUGUGACCCUCGGCUUAACUUUUUAAGUCAACAACCUGAGAUACCUUUAGUAUCCCCAUACUUUGAAUCCAAAAGAUCAGUUUUUGAUGAGCCAAAUGAAUCUAUUGGAUAUAAUAUAAGUAAUGAGGGACCCACCACAGUUGACUUACAUGGCACAAUGUCAACAUCAGGAGGUCAAUCUUCUUCUAGGCCUACAGAAUUCAUUCGGGAAACACCUUCACCCAGCUCAGCAUCAGCGAAUGAAGAAGUAAAAAGAGGUGACUUGAAGAGGCAUGAGAUAAAAGUGGGAGGGGUAGAAUCGUCAAUGUCCAUGAGUGAUUUGGUGAAUCACAUUGAAAACAAGAUUAUAAAACACAGAACACCAGGCGAUCAUCUUCAUAAUCAUCCGCUUUCUAAUGAAGAAAAAGAAAGUCUAGUGAUUCUUGAAGAUAUCAGUCGAUGUUUAUUCAACGAUGCACAGAAUGGAUCAUUGGCUUCUGAUGAGCAGUCAAUAAUGUCACGAGUCAACUCUCUUUGUUGUCUUUUGCAAAAGGAUCCUGAAACUGUGCAAGAUGUAAGUCAAACUGAUAAAAUAGAAAAGAGUUGUGAUGAAGGUGAUGAGAAUAAUAAUGGAGGUGGAGGUGGGAUGCGUAGGAACGACUCUGUGGGUGAGUUGUUGCUGAAUCUACCUCGGAUAGCAUCUCUACCAAGGUUCUUUUUCAACUUGGAUGAUUUUGGGAAUCAAAGUAGAUAAGAUAAAAAAGAAGAGUAUAUUAUGGAGAUUGAGGUAGCUUUUGUAAAGUGUUGAAGUUAUCUAAGCUUUUGAUUAUGAUGUAUAUAUAUGUUUGUGUUCUUCACUCUCUCCAUGAUAGAAUAUCUGUGGAAUAUUAGUUUUGAUGUAAAAGUUGGUAUUAAUGGGUUGGAGAUGAAUCACUCUUUACUCCAUUUGAGAUGGUAUAUGAUAUUUUUGUAUUUAUUUCAGUUAUUCUGGAUGAUCUCAUACUUAUAUCACUUGAUCACGAC